UGGGUUGCAUAUGAAAUAUUUAUAUGUAGAACGUAUCAAACGGACUACAGAGGUUGCUGAAUUAUUUCUGUACCUGGCAGCAGAAGCGAUAACGCCAUAUGCAGUACCGAAUGCAUAAUAAUUGCCUGCACGUGUCACAGUCUGUUCCUUGUGCCUUUGCUCCUUUAAAUCACCUUUCCUCCUUUAAUUAACUCGUGCCUUUGUUCCUUCAAUCUGCUCAACCACUGCUACCUAUAUAUUCACCUGGACUCCCUUGAUUCCUGUCAGGUUGUCUUUGCUUUCAUUAACACUUCCCAGAACUUAUUGUUCAAAUAACUUAUUGUUAUUUGAUCCACACCUGACCUGACCUGACCUGACCUAGGACAUCGCCUUGUCUAAGCUUCUGUAACAAACCAGCCUCCUGUUCUGGACCACGAUCCCUGCCUGUUGUUUCCAGACCCUGCCUCAUUUGCUAGCUGUGGUGCUCUGUUUGCUUCUAAGAAAGAGUUCAUCCUGACUUGGUUGUGCUCUUAUUGGGUCCUUUCCAUACCCCGUUAAAACAUGAUGUUUAAGGUUGCAUCAUGUAUUGGCGCCAUUCUUUUACAGAAGCUGUAAAUGUUGGUAGUGUCACAGUAAGUUUCGUUUUCCCCACUGAUGUUGCAGUGCUGAGAGAGGUGUGUGGUUCACUUGGACAGGGGCUGUUGCGUAAAUAAAUAAAAAAAUUACACAACAAUACUUGUAACUUGAAUAAAUAAUAAUCAAUUUCAGAAACAUUUAAUAAUAUGUUAUGGAGUACAUAUACACACUCCUUCAUUUACAACCAGUCCUUCAAGGGGAACUGUAUUGCUGUUGUGGCGUAACGUACGUCUGGUAUAAUUGGUCACUGCACAAUUCUUAAAAACAAAAACUUAAAACAGAAAACUCAGUUUGUUUAUUGGAACAUGGUAGGACUACUGGAAUAAUUCUGAUUUACAUGAGAUGCAUGUUUUGGUGCCCCCUACUGGAUUUGGUGACGCGCGGUAUAGAUAGGUUCCCAAUAACUGAGAGAUUAUUUUGAGAUUCGGAUUUUGUUUGGAAUAAGGAUUAGCAUUUGGACCAUACAACAGUUUAUGAUAAGCAUUAGAAUCACAUGUGUAUUUAUUAUAGUUGAGCUUAACGCUGGCGGCUUGUGAAUGUACUAGGUAUUUGUACCUCGCACGUUUUCAGACGACAUAUAGCCAAUUUCUGUGCGUGCACGUGCGCGUGUGUGGAAGCGCUAGCUGGAGAGAGACAGUUAAUCCUCCACUCACUAGAUGAUGCUGCAGCCUGGUUUUAUAGGCAACAGAAAUCAGAGAAUCUGAGUGAGGGACGUGGGACGUACUCAUCAGACAACAGACAUGCAGACUGAGACAGCACCGACCUCCGUGUCUGCCUCUGUCAUUGUAGCGUUAAGCUGCAGGACCAGCGCUUUCCACAAAUGCACGACGUCCGUGUAAUGUACUGAAAUGAAAACACCUUCUCUUCUUCUGUGGCUGUAAAAGACACCAUGCUGGAAAAAACCAGUGACAAAGAACGACAGACUGGACUCUGCUCAGACUGUGGAUGCAGUUUCAGCCCACUACGGUCUGACCCAGACCCCACUAUACAACAGAAGCAGUCGGAUGGAGACAGUUUACCUAAAUGUCCAUCCUGUCUGGCAGGAGACACUCAUCCUAAUGGUCAGCAGCCACAGCGCCAUGUCCAACUCGACCCACACAUUUGCAACUUGUGUAACAAAACCUUCAUCUCCUCUGCUCACCUGGCACUUCAUCUGUCCUCCCACAACAAGGAGAGGAAGUUCAGGUGUAGCACAUGUGGCAAGUAUUUCCAUCAGUCUGCACACCUUAUUGCACAUCGAAUGACUCACAGUGGGGACAGGCCGUUUAAAUGCCCUGAAUGUGGCAAGACUUUUGUCCGUGCCUCCCACCUGACUACACACCGACGUCUCCACACGGGUGAGAAGCCAUUUAAAUGCACCUUUUGUGACAAGUCCUUCACCCAGAAGGCAGGGCUCCUGUCACACAUUCGUCUGCACAAGGGGGAACGUCCGUCAAAAUGUGUGCAGUGUGGUCUAGAAUUUCAGUCUCAGUCCCUGCUGCUCUCUCACAAGGCUCAAGAAGCCUGCAAAAAAGCCGAGUCCGAAUCCGAGGCAGCCAUAGCCAGACCGCAGCAAACGCACGAAAGCACAGACGAUCUGAAGUGUGGCGUCUGCUGCCGUACCUUUGUUCGAUCGUCGUACAUCAAGCUGCACGUGCGCCUCAAGAAAGGGCAGCGGCCCUAUCACUGCAAGGUGUGCAACAAGACUUUUGUCAAGCUGGACACCUUUGUGAACCACUGUGAGAAACACCUGAAGCAGAAGAAGGAUAAAAACAAGCUGAGCAAAGGCAAAGUUGUUAAACCCCCUCUGUUUGUCCCCCUCUCCAGGCCGACUUCUCCUGCAGAAUCCUCAACCAGUCAGACUCUGGAGCUCAACACGCGUUCCAAAUCGAAAGCUAAAACUAAAACAGAGCACUGACCAGUAGGAGUUCAUCCAACAAAACAAAAA